GAGGUUUGCAGACGUAUGCUUCUGAUCAGGCUCAGAACAACGGCCUUGUUGAUGCUUUCGCAGCCCUUUCAUCAGGAAAUGGAGCUGCCUCUCAGCGCUCCAUCCAGCUGGAGAGCAGGGGAGCCAAUCUCCAGAAGGACCAGUGGAUGAAUGGCUCGGUCAUUGUGGACAGCACAGUGGGGAAGGACACUUUAUUUCUUGUCACCUGGACAACACAAGCUCCUCAAAUUCUUCUCUGGGAUCCCAGUGGGACGAAACAAGGUGGCUUUGUUGUAGACCCAGCCACCAAGAUGGCCUACCUCCAAGUCCCAGGCACUGCCAAGGUGGGCCACUGGAAAUACAGCCUGAAAGCGAGCUCACAAACGCUCACUUUGACCGUCACCUCCCGGGCAGCAAGUGCUACAGUGCCUCCAAUUACAGUGACCCCAGUAGUGAAUACUAACACAGCAAACUUCCCCAGCCCUGUAACGGUCUAUGCAACUCUUCGCCAAGGAGUCUCGCCAAUUCUCAGGGCCAGCGUCACAGCUUUGAUUGAAUCCGUGAAUGGAAAAACAGUGACCCUGGAGUUACUGGAUAAUGGGGCAGGUAACCAUCAAAGAAACUAGAAAUUAGUUCUUCUU